AUGGAUAAUAACAUUCCUAACAUCACUUUAAUAAAGGUUCCCAAAUUUUUGGCUUUACAAUGGAGAAAGAGUGACAACCACAGCAUUAUAGGCCAUUGUAAACGUGAUGAGAAGGGCGAGUUGGACGAAUUCAAAAUCAUUUGCGAUGGCCAAGAUCGUUUCUUUAAGUGUCGCAAGACUACCUUGUCUAACCCUUGCGCUGUACAAAUCGACUCAAAAUCAUCUUACCUGAGAUAUAUCGGAAAGCUUUCCGAUUGCUUGACUGUAUAUCCUUCCAUGGAUCAAAUAUACAAAAACAAACUGAAGGAACGGCACAUUAUAACAAACAUCAAUAAGGCGCGAAGCACGACCAAUGAAACGCGGGAAGAUCCUUCUUUCGACUCCACAGACACUAUAUUCAAAUACUACAACCCUAAAUCUACCACUAUUGCCAGUAUGAUGAACGACAAUGGCUUAAAAGCUACUGAGGAGGUUCCUUACAACAGAGCGAAGGCUAAGAGCAAAAAAUCGCCCACCAUGGAUGCUGACGAGCUUAAACUUAAGAUAUUUAAGAUCUUCGAGUCGGAGGAGGCCAAGGACGGCAUUCAAAUCAAGAGGAUCGUGCAGCUGACUGGCCAGUCUCUUCAGAACGUCAAGGCAGUUGUGGACGAGAUUGCGACUCAAAAGAGGCGCCAGUCCGAUUACAAAAUGGUUUAUUACCUGAAUGACCUCUACAACUCAAGUAUGGACCCGCCUUUUAGUUUAUACUGA